UACAAUUCGGCAGCGACUCGGCUUGGUUGCUCUUCCAACGACUGCUCCGCGCGUGCCACUCCGUGAUUAUACCGUUAUCCUGAUUCGCGUCCAAGGAUAAUUGCCAGAAAAUAACAGCCGAAUUCAAGGAACUCCGGAUUACAAUAAACAUCCUGUCGCGAUGAGAACUCUGCCAUUGCUGUUGGCGCUGACGCUGCUGGCCAUAGGAGUGGUGGCAGCUUCAUCCUCCACGACCAGCACCACCACCACGGCGAAACCAAAGACCGAGGAAAAGUCCAAAGUUGAGGCCGAGAAGCCGACCAAAGAGCCAACUUCGACAACCAAAGCUACGCGACAGUCCAAGGCCUUGAAGCCGGGCGAUAAUCGUGGCAAGAGGACUUUGUACGAUUUCGGAAAUGCCGGCUAUUUGUAUCCCGAAGUGGCCAGUCGGAGGACUGGCUAUGUCGACAACACGGCAGGCUAUUAUCCCCAAACCGGCUUCUACAAUGGACAAAAUGCCAUUGGUCAAUACUCAAAUAACUUUGGACCAUCGUAUGCCCCGUACCCUCAGUACUUGGAAGCCCCCGAGCCCAUCAUUGAGAUCAUCAUCAAGGAUGCAAAUGAAACUCUGGCCGAGGAGCCGGCCCAGCCCAUUGUCACCAAGAAAAAAAAGAAGAAGGAGAAGGUCCACGUUUUCUACGUCAACUACAAAAAGGAUCAGAACAACAAGUUGCACCUGGAAUCGCCCAUCGCCUCGUUGAAUAACGAUGACAACGAAGAGGAGGAGGAAGAGGAGGAGGAGGUGAUCCAGUACGCGGCUACUCCACUGCCCCCCGUCAAGUCCACCACGCUGAGGACCAUUAUUCACCCGGACUCUGAAAAGUUCCACAGCAACUCGGGCAUUCACGUGUCCUUUGGAGCGGAGAACAAACAUCAAACCGGGCACAUUCUGGAGGAGCACGAUGCCGAGAGUAUCCAGCGACAAGUGGUGGCUCUUCCACCAUCGGUGAGCAACACCCGUGCGGACUACGGGAGGGAAAGCAAUUUUGCUCGGGGAUCCGGCCCUUCUGCGAAUCACUUGUUCGGAAACUACCAGCAGUCGGGCAUCAACUAUCAACACCAGCAACAUCAGCAGCAACUGCCGGUCCAGCAUAGCAACAACUACUUCAGGCCACCGCAGGCUCUGGUUGGUCCUCCGCCCAGUUACCCCAAGCCAGCAGGGCAGCAACAAGUGCAACAACUGCAACAACCGCAGCAGCAGCGUCCUAGCAUCACUCAGCAACAGUUGCCGUCUACUUCAUCGCAGACGAUUUUCAACAAGUUGGUGCAACAGUCUCAGUACUACAUAAACCACAAUCAGCAGUACCAGCAACAUCAGCAGUCGCAUCAGCAGUCACAUCAGCAGCAACCACACCAGCAGUCCCAUCUGCAGCAGCCACACCAGCAACAGCAGCAGCAGCAACAGGCACCUCAGCAACAGCAAUACCAGAAGCCACCCAACAAGCAAGUCCAGGUGCCAUUCUUCCCAACUAUUCCGCCAAAGAGUAUCACUCCAGCGCCAUACCAGCCCGUUAAGUUCAGGCCCACACCUGCCCCGGCUGCCCAGGUCAAGCCUCUGCCACUGCCCGUAAAACUGGAUAACGUCAACUACCAGCAACAGCAACAGAAGCAACUGUAUCAGCCGCAGCAGCAACAGAAGCUGCCACAGCAGCAGCAAUCUUAUCAGUUCGUGCGUCAGCCCCAGUUCGUGCAACAGCCCCAGUUUGUGGUACGUUCGCCAACUCCCCCACCAGAAUACUACUCGCAACAGAAGCAGCAACCGCAACAGCAACAUCAGUUGCAGCAGCAGCAACACCACCAAAGCAGCCUCAGCUAUUUCGACAUCAAGCCGUCCAAGGAAACCGAGCUGUUGAAGUCUAUUCCCAAGUUCGAGCAACACAUCACCGAGACGGUGCACAAUCCUGUCCAGAAUUCCCCCCUGCCUCAGCAGCAAUACCAGCAGCAGCAACAGCACCAGCAAUUCGCCUACAGCAGCACUCGCAAUGAAGUGAUCCAUGAUGUGCCCGCCCCCAACUUGGGUCCCACGGUGUCGGGACACUACAUAACCGCUAGCUCUCCAUCCGGAAACCAGCAGCAACAGUCUCACUUCUCCAGCUUCCCCAGCGAGGCUUCGCCCCAGCCUCCCGUCUAUGCCGAGUCCACCCAUGGUCAGAAGGUGAUGGUGGUGACCCCGGUGCCCCCCUCGGCCAACUAUGUGACCUACAGCCAGUACAAUCAGGCCCCGAACGAGCAUGUUGUCCACGUGAAUGCCCAGCCAGCCGCCGCCGCUCUCCAGGCUCAGGCCAGCACCAACUUCGCCCAACAGCCAAGGCAACCAGCUGUCUCCCAGAUUAGUGCCACUUCCACGGACAACUCGCCAUUCAGUGUGUCCACCUUCCAUUCGGAUGUCUUCAAGGAACUCGAGCAGCGCCAUCAGAAGGAUCAGCCCAAGUUGCCAGCAGCUCCCAAAGCCGCUCCCAUUCCGGUUGCUGCCCCCACCACCACUCCUGCCUCAGCUCCAAAUGGAAAAGCCUCCCAGACCCUGCUCCAACUGCCUGACGAAGUUCCCGAUGAUCUGCGCCAGCAACUGUUCUCCUCCGGAAUCCUCAACAACGCCGACAUUUCCAUCCUGGACUACGACAAGCAGGGAGACAUUGCUUUGGAGAAUCUGCCAGCCGAGCACUUGCAACACUUUUACGGAGCCGGAGGUGGUGCCCAGAUUGCCGAGACUAAUAAGGUCCUGACCGUAGUCAAGCCCAAUGGCGACAAGGUGGCCCUCAGCGAGAAGCAACUGGACAGAGUUAAGCAGACUAACUCGCUGCCCCAGAAGCAGAACCUCGACGUUAAGGUGGUGCGAUUUGAUGCUGGCCAGGAGCAGAGUGUCAGUGACAAGUACCUGCGUACAGAUGCCACUGUGGUAACUCCCGUGGAUCUGGCCGAGCGCCAGCAGUACAACCGUUACCUUCCCCUGAAGAUCAAUGGUGCCCAAUUCCCGAUCCCCGACAGCGAGGAGCUCCAAGGCAAGCGGAUUGUAAGCGUAGUGGUCCUGGCUCCGGUGGAGGCACAAGCUCCAGCAUCCGGCAGCAGCGAGGCGAGGAGUGCGUCGGACGUUAGCAGGGAAGUGAAGUUCCUUGGCGGUGAGCUCAUCAAAACGCUGGUGAAGAAGCCCACCAAGGAGAACUUCAAGCGCUGGCUGGAGAAGGAGGCGCGCACGGAUCUGGAGUUGCAGUCCGUUGUGCUGCUGGUGGCCAAAUCCAGCGAUUCAUCCGCCGAGCAGGAGAUCUUCAUGUACGAUAUUGGAACGGGAAGCAUCAAUCGCCUGAAUGGCGAACUCUCUAGCACGUUUGUCAACGUGGCCGAGGAGAAUGCCAGCACCGAGGAUCUGGAGCACGCUGCCACCUUGGACCCCAGUUCGCUGGAGUCCAUGAUGCAUCUGCGCCGCAGAUAGAGAUCGAUUACGAGUCGAGCCGCCGAAGUCCACAUCAAAAUGCCAUUUAGCUUCUCAACUAGACAUUGAUCAUUGUGCGCCCCUGAAAGUCCUUAUUAUCCUUAUUAUUUACAUAAAGUCCUUCUAGUUUUUUUUCUCCAACUUUAUUCUAUCCUCAGGUUGCACAAUUUCCACAAAAACAAAAGAACACGUUCACGUUGAUCACGGCAUUGCAUCCAAUCCUCUCGUAGUAUUUCCAUUUUGUAAAUAUUCUAUGCUGAUGUUACAAUUAUAGUUAUUUAAGUUAAUUUACGUAAAAAUAUUAAAAUAAAAAUGAAAAUUCAACAAAA